UUCCGACACACCUCCACAUCAGCACACGUCUACCCAAGCUGAAAGUAAACAUACGUUGUUCCGGGAUCGCUGCGACAACCCAAGUUCGAACCAGACACACCGCUGUCCACCUCACCGCUAGCCUGAUUGUCCUACUGUUUGAUAGUAGAUCUACACACAAAAAUCAGCAUAAUGCCUUCCUUUCCACAAUACCUGUCUGCUACUCAGGAAGAUGAGUUGAGGAAGAUUGCCAAUGCCAUAGUAGCUCCUGGAAAAGGAAUCCUAGCCGCUGACGAGUCUACAGGGACCAUUGGAAAGCGAUUUGCAACAAUAAAUGUUGAAAACAAUGAAGACAACAGACGGCGUUACCGUGAGUUGUUGUUUACCGCUGACAAGUCCCUGGCCAACAAUAUUGGUGGAGUGAUCCUAUUCCACGAAACGUUUUACCAGACAACAAGCAAGGGCGUCUCCAUGGUGAAAACUCUCCAAGACAUGGGCAUUAUUCCAGGGAUAAAGGUGGACAAGGGUAUGGUCCCUCUGGCUGGAACAGAUGGAGAAUCUACUAUACAGGGUCUGGAUGGCCUGAGUGAGAGGUGUGCCCAGUACAAGAAAGAUGGCGCCCAGUUUGCCAAAUGGAGAUGUGUCCUAAAGAUCAGCAGCCACACUCCCUCGUACCAGGCCAUGUUAGAAAACGGAAAUGUUCUCGCCCGCUAUGCCAGCAUCUGUCAACAGAAUGGACUUGUGCCGAUCGUUGAACCAGAGGUGCUAUGUGAUGGAGAUCAUGACCUUGAAACUGCACAAAAGGUCACAGAACAGGUUCUCGCAUUUACCUACAAAGCUCUGUCUGACCACCACGUCUUCCUGGAAGGGACACUUCUGAAACCUAACAUGGUGACCGCCGGUCAGUCUUGCACAAAGAAGUACACAACUGAGGAAAAUGGCCGCGCGACUGUACAAGCUCUCAGUCGUACUGUACCAGCUGCUGUACCAGGUAUUACAUUUUUGUCUGGUGGUCAGUCUGAAGUAUGUGCCACAGAAAACCUGAAUGCCAUCAAUCGAUUUCCGGGCCGCAAGCCAUGGGCUCUCACCUUCUCUUUUGGUCGUGCCCUCCAGGCAAGUGUUCUUAAGGCUUGGCAGGGACAGGAAAGCAAUGUGGCCAGUGCACAGAAAACACUUCUUAACAGAGCAAAGCUGAAUGGAUUGGCAGCCUUGGGUCAAUACAAUGGUGAAGAUGGAAGUUUAGCGGCCAGCGAAUCCCUGUUUGUGCCCAAACACACCUACUAGUUAUCUCCCCUGGAUGUCUCCUUGUCAACAUGGAGGAGUUAUUUGAUGGACAUCAAUAUCAAUCUUAUCUUCAGAAACUUACAUCAGGUCUUAAUAAUGAUAGAAAUAGCUUCAGAUUCCUGUAAAUAUUACAACGCAAUGCUACUUUUGUGUGGUAGUGAAAAAGACAGAAAUGUUGUAUAUUGUAGGGUAGUAGAAUGUCACAUAGGAAACUUACCCCGACUAAGUACAUUGUAUUCAUUCAUCACAUUAUGUUAAACAAAUUACAAGUGUAAUAGAAACAUGGAACCAAACAAAUUACAAGUGUAAUAGAAACAUGGGACCAUAGGAUUAUGUUUGUGAUAAAGAUUCUCCAUAUAACUGAACAUCAUUUUGAUUUGCAUGGUGUCUAGAUUAAAUAUCCUUCAAUUCAUAAGUAAAACUAUCUCCAUAUUUUAAUAUUGCGCAAAAAGAUGUUCAUUAUGUCAUGAAUUUUAGCAAUAUCAAUAGUGUCCUGUCUGAUGCCGACUUUGUAAAUAAACCAAUGGGAGGGAUUCAAUUUUAGCUUAGAUGAAACAUGACUACAGAAUUUCUGUUCACCAAAAUUGACAAUUUACUGGGCUGUAACAAUAUUACAAUGUUGUAAUGUAUGCUCAGAAAUAUUCUAACGGUAAAAUCUAUAUUUGGUCUUAUUUCAUGCUUCACAGCAGAAAUACUGACAAGUUAAGUACUGAUAGUUUUCGGUAUCAGAAUGUUCAUCAAAUUAAAAAAAAAAGGAAAUACUAUUUUAAUUGUCUAUUUGAUUAUGAAGACAAAAAUGUCAUUACUUUAUGAAGUCACUUUUUAUUGCCUGUUAGCUUGGUGAGUUUUGUUCUAUCAAUGAGAUGUUGUACACUUACCAGGCCCUAGUGUCAAUGAAGUUAUGAUCAUUGCUGUAUUAAGUGUUGUCUUAAUAUGAACAUGCCAUAUUUUGAGAUAUAUUUUUGUGAUAACUUUUAUCUUUACAUAUAACCACACAUACAUAUGUCAUUUUGAUAAAUUUAUUAUUUUCCUUCUUAUGGAUAAUGGAGAAUAAUUGAAAAUUAAAGAUAAAAUUUUAACAUGAAAUAAUCAUUGAUAUUUGAAAUGUGUUGAGAUGAAUCAGUGGGAUGUGAUGGACGUUUUGAGAGGAGGUCUGCACCGCCCUCUCCGUGUCAGUGAUGGAGUGUAUAUAUAUUGGGACAGAUAUAGAUAUGUAACCAGAAAGGCAGUAGACAGGUAGUUUUACAUGGAUAUAUGUAUUUUCUGUUCUGUAAAUCUGAAAUGCUGUGCAUAAAAUAUGAAAUAUAAUUUUAGAAUACAGAUUUUAAAAAAGUAUUUGUACAUACACAUUUUUAAAUAUAUCCUUAUUUUAGUCCCAUUCUGAAUGAAUUACAUUGAUGGGAUCUCUUCCCAUUCUGAGACAGUCAGACUCUAUUUUAUAUCUUCCCUUUCUGUUUUGAAAAAUAUACAGGGUUACUUCCCUUUAUUUUGAAUACUAUACAGAAUUACUACCCUUUAUUUUGAAUAAUAUACAGAAUUACUUCCCUUUGUUUUAAUACUAUACAGACUUACUUCCCUUUGUUUUAAAACUAUACAGAAUUACUUCCCUUUCUUUUAAACUUUUCCGCAUACUCCCCUUUAUUUAAAUAAUACCCGGAUUACUUUCUUUAGAUAUAAAAUAUACAUUUCCUUCCCUUUAUUUUAAAACUAUACAGAAUAACCUCCUAUUGUUUUGAAAUUAUUGAGGUCUACUUCUCUUUGUUUUAAACUAACAGGGUUAUGGUAGUACCCCUUUCUAGGAUACCAUUCACGAUAACUCCAAAUGGAUACAUUUAACUAUAAUAUAUCGGAAAAUAUUCUAACCAAACUUUUCAAUUUUGUGAGAAAACAUCUCCUUGUCAAUUUUAAACUGAAGGCUCAUAUUUUACUUUCAAUACUGCACAGAAACCAGGCUUAAAACUAAAUAAUUUUGGGAACAUCAUUGAAAACGACACAAAAGCUGUUAAGAACAAACAAACUGGGGACCAAUAUUUCUAUUCUGUGAAUAAAUAGGUUUUCUGGUUAUGUGGGUUCACUUUGUUAUUGUAGGUUCCAGAUACAAAAUUAUAUUUUACACUUUGAGACCUAUUUAUCUUGUUUAUACAGGUUAUCAUUGGAUUAUACAGUGAUUGUUGUAACCAGGCUGUUCUAUAUCCCGACCUUUGUACAUCAUUUAUGUAGUGUUUGAUGACAUUGGCUGUAGUAAAUGCUACUUAGACCGAACCUUUAACAUGUGUGUCUAAAUAUGUAAUUCUGUUUCAUAUGACAACAAUGUGACACUGAUAUGGUAAUGAUGUGACAAUGUAGUGACAACAAUGUGACAAUAGUGUGACAAUGGUGUGACAACAA